AUGUCAAUUUGUCGAAUAACAAAUUCGGCUCUUUUGGAACAGUCAAGUCCUAAUUAUGGCCAUUUUACUGAUGAGGAGAAACUUCAUUGUACAUCAAAUAUGUAUACAAUCCAGGAGCAAGAAGUGAAGAAAUCUCCAACCAGAAGGUUAAAUAUUCAAGAUACUAGUUUACUCCAAGGUGGUGCAGAGAAUUAUAAGAGCCUUAAAUCUCCUCAGCUUCCAACUGCUCCUUGCCAAUCUCCUGAUAGACUUCUAAUAAAUAAUUCCAAUGAUUCAAGCGGGCAAAAAUCUGUUCCUAUUUCACUGAAGACUUUGCAUGCUCAAGACACAGCACCAUUGCUAUCGACUUCAGAUAAAUAUCUCCCAAAAUCACCAAGUGAAUUGUCUUCAAAACAGAACAGUUCAUGCAGCAAACCUCAAACAAAUUUUGAAAAACUUCCCUUGUCUGUGGAGUCUGUUCCAAAUCCCAAUGUAAAAACAUCACAAAUGCAGGUUUAUCCCAGUCCAACCAAUGCGAAUCCAUUGGGAAACAGCUCAAGUGGUCUAUCAUCGUCGUCAUCAACUGUUGCUCCAUCCAAUGCUUUUUCUUUCAAAUUAAUGCACAGUGUUGUUCAAGAUGCUAUGGAAGAGUUUACCGACCAAAUUCAUAAUAACUUCCUUUGUAUGCAAAUGAACAUUCUUCAUAUGUUUCAACGACAACAGGCUGAAUUAAGAUAUGAUUUGAAUCAGCAGUUGUCCAUUGUGAAGGAAUUAGUAGCUGAGAACCGGCAAUUAAAACAAGAAAAUAAACAGUUGCGUAAGAAUUAUUAG